AUGGUGAUGAACAAUUUGCUAACAUUAACUGGGAUGAGCUUGAAUUUUGGCUUACCCCAACUGAUUACAUGUACUCGAUGAAAUGCGUCAAAGGAGACAACUUUUCACAAGGAAAUCUCAUUCCCUUUGGAAACAUUGAGCUGAGCCCUUCUGCUGGAGUUUUGAAUUAUGGACAGGGAUUAUUUGAAGGUCUUAAGGCAUACAGGAAAGAAGAUGGCCAUAUUCAGCUGUUUAGGCCAGCAGAGAACGCUCUGCGCUUGAAGAUGGGAGCAGAAAGAAUGUGCAUGCCAUCUCCAACAGUGGAGCAAUUCAUUCAUGCUGUUAAGCAAACAGUUUUGGCCAACAAACGUUGGGUUCCACCAACGGGGAAAGGAGCACUAUAUCUUAGGCCGUUGCUCAUUGGGAGCGGAGCUAUUCUAGGACUAGCACCAGCGCCAGAAUAUACAUUCCUAGUAUAUGCUUCUCCAGUUGGUAAUUAUCACAAGGGUCAGGAAGCCCUCGACUUGCUUGUGGAGGAUAAGAUUAAUCGAGCCACUCGUGGUGGAACUGGAGGUGUCAAGUCUAUCACCAACUAUGCUCCAGUUUUCCUAGCACAAGCUCGAGCUAAGGCAAAAGGAUUCGCUGAUGUUAUAUUCCUAGAUUCUAAGAGUGGAAAAUAUAUAGAAGAGGUCUCCGCUUGUAAUAUUUUCAUUGUGAAGGGUAAAGUUAUCUCAACUCCAGCAAUAGAGCAGGGAACAGUUCUGCCCGGGGUGACACGUAAAAGCAUCAUGGAAAUUGCCAUCACUUAUGGUUAUAAGGUUGAGGAACGUAGAAUCAGAGUGAAAGAUCUGUUGCGAGCUGAUGAAGCUUUCUGCACAGGGACUGCGGUGGUUGUCAUUCCUAUUGGUAGUGUGGAAUAUCACGGUAGAAGUGUUAUAUACAAAACGGGUAAUGAGACGGUAUGUCAAGCACUGUAUGAGACGCUAGUAGGAAUUCAAACAGGUCGCAUUGAGGAAGAGAUGGGAUGGACUGUUGAGGUCUGUUGACAUUAUCCUACUUAAAUGGAUGGAAUAAUGUUCCGAAACCUGUAACAGCUCUUGGUUUACUUAUCAAUGUUUGGGUGAAAAAAAAAACAUUUAGUUUGUAGUAGAUUCUGCAACUUCUGCUUAUUUUGAUAUCUUCUUUUAUGAGGGUUGUUGGAUUAUCGAUGAUAAUUUGGGAUUAAAACCAUCAA